GCGCGUCGCGUUCGCCGAAAGCGGCGAGGAUGUCCCGGAAAUCCCUUGCCCGUUAUGGGCUGCAGUCAUCCGCCUUUAUCCUGCCUGGCUUUCGCUCAGAUCUAAUGAAGGGUCGCCUUCGACGGUGAAUGCGAUGCCAUGGCGCGAUGGGCAGGCAAGAUCGCGAUGUUGAGAUAAUUCUCCUGGCAGCUUUGCCGAAGUGAGAGAGCUGCAAUGAACAUGCCGGGCUCGACCGAUUCCCGUCUUUCCGUCGAGCGAAUGCCCAGAGGACAACAGUCGACCUGCCCAUCUACCUCCAACUGGGCGCCAUGCGCAAAGACGACCGCUCCAGUUGACAAUGGCAUUAGACGCGCUGCAGACGUCGAUACCAUCACUGCGGCUGCCCGGCAUCGCUGCAGCGUCAGCGCCUAGCGUCAAUGGCAAUGUGUGGACGCUAGUCAGUAUCGUGUCCCUCGACUUGAUCGCCCUCUUUGUCGCUUUUGCGCUGCGAUAUGCAGCCGGUCGGCAUAGAAGAGCGCUCUUCGUCAAACGAGAGACUGCCGAGGGGGUCUAUGUCGUCCCACACACCCAAUCACUCGGCGCCAUCUGGCUGACGCUCGUCAAUGCUUUACUGCUCAUGCAGCUCGUCGCAGCUCGACAGACGUUCGUGUACCAGCGAGCAAGGAGUUUGCUCCAGUUCGCCUCAUGCUUGAUGCCAUUCGCAGUCUUUGGCUAUCUCUGGACCCGCUUGACCUCGAUCGUCUAUGCUUGCCACCUAUCGAGUACAGAGGUCGCUUUCCCGCGAACAUGGCAACGGCGCAUCUUCCAUUUUGGGCCCAGAUUGCUCAACAGGUUAUGCUGGCUCACGCCUCCGCUCCUGGCUGUACCCAUACUUGCGCUGUCGCUCGCUUUCCCGAUAACAUUUGCGAAAAGCCAGUCCCUUGCCCAAGCUAUUCUUGCCGCAGACACACCACAGCCUCUGCUCGCACAACAGAGCGAGCACCUCGUGUCCACUGCGGACACAAUGUUUAGCAUUCUCUGGUCGAUCUGGGCCACCGUCUUUGUGCUGCUCGGUAUACUCCUACUGAUCUACUCCGCGCAUCUCUUCAGGGCGAUCCGAGCUUCGAGCGCGCACGUCGUCGCAGACUCGAAUUCUCGGAUCCCUUCGGAAAUGCCGCCCCUGCCGGUAAUGAGCAAAACGGAUCGGCCGGCGGUAUCGCGCGAUCCGUCAGCCUUUUCCAAGAGGUUCUCCGGGCUGUCUACGCGCAAGUACACUCUGCAAGAGUCGCUGCGAGAAUCUAGCCUGGAGCGCUAUGCGGAGGACGACCCGAUGCUGAAAGGUCGAUCUAUCAUCAUUCUCGAGACUUGCGCUUCGAUCUGCUUCAUCUGCUCCUGGAUUGCUAUUUCGCUUCUGCGUGCUUCCGCGCAGGUACUCCGAACACCGCACGUUGGCAGCCUGCGAUCGUGGUACGCCCUCCUGGGUAGCGUCUGGCUGACAGUCGUAGUGGCAGUCAUCGAGACAGCCUUUUUGCUUCGAAGAAGCAUAGUUGCUUAUACGAAUGGCAAGACCGAUACGAAACCGAUAACAGAGCACGAAGACAAGCAACUUUUCGAUCAGAUCUUUGCUCACGUACAGAGGGUCGCCUCACCCAUACUUGCAUCCAGCGCGACCCUGCCGAGCUCCUUCAUGACCUUUUCGCCCGCAUCGAGCGAAGAGGUGAGCCCGACAGCCGAUAAACCUAAAACACCAUGGGCAUAGCAAAGCCUAGUCACAAAGUGCUUGUGAUUAGUCAAUAUGCUUGUU